AAAAUCUCUCUCUCUCUCUCUCCCCCCCCCCUUUUUCUCUCUCAACUCCAUUGUUACCUUAAUUUUCUCUCUUUAUCUUGUAAGUCAGUACCUGUGUAGCCAUGUUAAUUUUCUGCAACUGAAUGAAGCUGCUUUAAGCUAAGCAAGACAUAUCAGUCUCUGUCCUCCAACAAAACUUCAUAUAGAGGUUUCAGUGUUUUGGUGCUAAGGAGAUGACAGAUUGAGAAGACAAGUCCUAGAAUUCCCCGGGCUAGAAAAUUGACGACACCCCAGAGAAAAAUAACAAACCCAGAAAGAAAGAAGGGGGGGGGGAAUAAAAGCUAGGAAUGGGACUUUCUAGUCAAGAAGAAGUGCCAAUCCCAAUAAACAGUACUACAUACGGCGGGGAACAUGGUAAUGGCCAUGGGCAGGAGGGGCAUGGGAAUAUGGCCCAUCAUCAUCAUCAUCUUCUCCAACACCUUCAAGACCCUUCUAAUGGCUCCUCCAUUACGCAUCAAGAUCAGGACCACGGACCCUACAUGAAGAAGAAAGAGGCAAGGUACAGAGAGUGCCUUAAGAAUCAUGCAGCUUCCAUGGGAGGUAAUGCCCUUGAUGGGUGUGGUGAGUUCAUGCCUAGUGGAGAAGAAGGCACCAUAGAGGCCUUAACCUGCUCAGCCUGCCAGUGUCACAGAAAUUUCCACAGAAAAGAAGUAGAAGAUGAGCCUUCUUCUUGUUACAAAUUUGGAAGGAAAUUCAUCUUGGGACAUCACAAGAAUGUCCUAGCAGCCUCCGAAGCUCUUGCAGGGUACCCUACAGGUAACAUCUUGCCUUCAAGAUCUGUACCACCACACCAGAUGAUACUUCCCUACAACGUGGGUCCACUUCUUUCAGAAUCAGAUGAGCAAGAGGGCGUUGGCGGCGGCGGAAUGGUGAGCCGGCCAGCAUCAUCACAGAGAGUGAAGAAGAGGUUCAGGACAAAGUUCACCCAGGAGCAGAAGGAGAAGAUGCUGGAUUUUGCAGAGAAAGUUGGGUGGAAGAUUCAGAAGCAGGAAGAAUCUGCUGUGCAACAGUUCUGUCAAGAGAUUGGAGUCAGAAGAAGAGUGCUCAAGGUUUGGAUGCACAACAACAAACACAAUCUAGCCAAAAGGAAUAAUAAUCCUCCUCCUCCACCACCACCACCAACAACCACCACAACUGUCUAAUUAGUUAAAGCUUUAAAAGUUAAAAGUAUGUCUGAUGAUGAUAUUAUCACCUCAUUAUUUAGCCUAGAGUUAUAUUAAUGAAUUAGUAUGGGCCUACAGAGUCUUAAGAAAUGAGUUACUAUGUCCAAGACUUAUUUAUGACUUUUAAAGUUUUUAUGCUAUAUAUUAAUUUUAUUAUCCUAGUUUUAGUAGCUAAAAGCGUUAGGCUUUCUUGUUCUGUAUCUUCCUAAUCAUUUCUUGACCUUUAGGGUCUGUUUAAGGAUAAAGUUUUAUUUACACGUAAUGCAUGAAUGACUUUAUGUAUCAA